AUGGCUCAAUAUCAUCAAUCAAGAGUCGUCGUUGAUAACUCUUUGGAGCAGGUACUGAAUCAAAAAACCUCUUCAUCUUCACUUACAAUCAGUAGAGAAACCUAUGAUUUAUAUUGCUGUUUACUAAACAGUGCUGCUCACAGUCAUCGAUCGGAGAGCAUUCUGACUCCAUUUCCGAGCGCUUUUAUCAAGAAUUCAAGAAAAGAUUAUGAUCGAUUACGAGAAGUAUUAUCGGUCAUGCCAUCAUGCGAUAAAGUUUUUGUAGAACCAUUUUGUCAAGACGGAAACAAUAUCACAUUUACUUACAAUACCGAUGAAGAUUUGUCUCAAUCAAUUUUAGAAUUGAUGCGACAUGCUUACAAAAAUCAAGAAAAAAUUUCUUUAGAAGAACUCAGAGAUGCAUUCGAAUUUAUUUUGAAAAAGCAACACAACAAGAAAUUUGAAGUACACUAUGUAUCCUAUCAACAAUAUUUGAAAAGUAACAACAAACCAUUAUUACUGAAACCAGAUCACAUUUUUGAACUGCGAUAUAGGAAUAACGAUUUUGACCACAGCAGUACUGAUUUUUAUACUGGAUUUCAUGGAAGCUCUAUUGAGAAUUUUUUUUCAAUCAUAACAAACUCGUUACAGAAUAUGUCUGGUACUUCACAAAUGAAGACUGGAAAUGCAUUUGGGGACGGAGUAUAUCUUUGUGAAGAUUUGAGAGUGGCGCGUGACUUCUCAAAAGGUGGUGUCAUCAGUUGGGCGAACUCAAAGCUUGGAAGUCAUUUAUCAGCAGUUGUUCAAUGCAAAGUGGUUGGCAAGAAAGAAUAUGCAAUGAAGACUUCUUCCAGCGACGAAAACAGAUAUUUAAUUGUACAAAAUAGUGGUGAUUUAAGAAUUCAGUAUGUCCUUAUCUUUUCACACUUCAAAGAUGAAAAUGAACUGAAAAGAUCCCACAACUUUUCACGUGGAAUGAUUUACUUUUAUAUUAUCCUACUGAUUGCAGUAAUUGUUGGAAAUUAUUGGAAAGAUAUUAAGAGAGAGCUCAAGCGAUUCUCCUCAUAA